AUGACCAACUAUUCUCUGUUAGUCAGGGUUGAAGGGCAAAGCGCCCUACAGCAACUCAGCCAGCAAGGCAGCAGGCUCUGCUUGGCUUUUGGGGUAGAAAACAGCCCACCCACCGUCAUUGCAUCAAGCUCAAACCUGGCGCCCAAUAUCGCAACUGAGUGGAAUGAUGAUUAUGCUAUUGCUGCCAGUCAAUCCAGCUUCAUGCCAGGGGCCCAAGUUCAGGCAUCGACUGAAACCCAGCCCAUCCGGCCCGGUCAGACCUAUACCUUGAACCCAGACUUUACAGGCAGUGUCAAUGAUGGUGGACCCCAAGGCGGGUUUCGCUUCAAUAACCAGACCGACAGAACCUCCCCCAUCAUCUACAGAAGCAUGGGCUACGAGAUGGCUCCAAUCUACGUCGGUUCCUCGCAAAUCCCGAGAGGCGCUAGUCAGAAUAUUAAGCUCAAUAACAAGGUCACGGUUUGGUUUGGAAGCGAUGGCCAGACUGGAACCAUGAUCGAUGGGAUCUAUGCACAGAGUAUUGAGGUUGACAUGUCGCAGAGGGCUAACGCUGUAGUCGUCUUUAAUGACAAUUUCACGUGGUCGCUGGAGCAGUAA